GGAAAAUUGGAAAUUAGGGUUUAUUCAAGACAAGGCAAUAACUUUGAUCCAUGGAGGAGGUUGACAUAGACGGUAGGUCUGGAUUGCUGGCACCUGUGUCUCUGGAUUAUGAGUUUGGUUCUUUUCCUAGGUAUCUGAUUCCUCCGCAUAUUCGAUGGGACGAGAAGAAAAAGCCUAAGUACAAGACACGGCAAGAGUAUGUUUUGAUGAGAAGACAAGUCAGGAAGAGCAAGGGGUUCGACAUCGAUUUCACACAGUUCCGCUCUGUUUUCAAUUACCGGCCUGUUAAUUUAGACAGUAAAGAGUUUGCUAAGCCGCCGGAAACCACUAGGGAGUUACUCAAGAGGCUGUCUCAAAAAUCUCUUAACAAGUACAACAAUGAAUGGUUUACAGAAUAUGAAUUUCUCAAUAUUGUCAAAGCCAAUUAUUACAUGUGUUCUGGUUUAAUGCUUUUCAUCACCUUUGAGGUUAGAGAUCCUUACGACAACAUGCCCAAGCUCUUCCAAACUAGUGUCUACUACUAUUAUAAGGAUGACGAUCAGUACAUAUUAACCAGACCUAAACCCAAACAAAAUGUCAAAUGCGUUGGAACUGCCAAGACACAAAAAAGAUUGGCAUAGGAAGCUUAUGUAUGUAUUAUACAAUGGCUGUGCGAAAGUAGUGUUUGGAGUGUUAGAUAUUAUGGCAGAAUUGUUCUUUGUAAUAAUAAUAUGAGAAAGUUAUGUUGACUGAACGUGAGAUAUUA